CCACCAUACUCUGAGGAGGUUUUGCUGACUUGACCUGUGAUUGGCCAAACUUGGUGGGCCUAGAGACAAUGUAACUUAAAAUUGGAUUAAGAAAUAUUUUGUAGCCCGGCAUGGUGGCGUAAUCCCAGCACUCGGGAGGCAGUGGCAGGUGGAGUUCAAGGCCAGCCUGGUCUACAAAGUGAGUUCCAGGACAGCCAGGGCUAUACAAGAGAAACCCUGUCUCAGGAAAAAAAAAAAAGAAGAAGAAGAAGAAGAAGAAGAAGAAGAACAACCUGGAGUUGACCUAUCAAAGAGAUUUCUAGACAAAAUAAAAGAGGGGGAAAUUGAUAGAAUCAAGGACGAUGGAUCCGUGUUCAGUUGGAGUCCAGCUUCGUACCACACACGACUGCCAUAAAACCUUCUAUACUCGGCACACAGGUUUCAAGACAUUGAAAGAAUUGUCAUCAAAUGACAUGCUUUUACUUCAGCUUAGAACUGGAAUGACACUUUCUGGGAAUAAUACAAUUUGUCUCCAUCACGUAAAAAUUUAUAUUGACAGAUUUGAAGAUUUGCAGAAGUCGUGUUGUGACCCAUUUAACAUACACAAGAAGCUAGCCAAAAAGAACCUGCACGUCAUUGACUUAGAUGAUGCCACUUUUCUGAGCGCCAAGUUUGGAAGACAGCUUGUACCUGGUUGGAAGCUUUGCCCCAAAUGUACCCAGAUCAUCAAUGGAAGUGUGGACGUUGAUUCAGAUGACCGCCAGAGACGGAAACCCGACUCAGAUGGAAGGACUGCUAAAGCUCUGAGGUCACUACAGUUUACAAACCCAGGGAAGCAAACUGAAUUUGCUCCAGAAGGCGGUAAGAGGGAGAAAAGAAAGCUCACCAAAGCCACAAGCGCUGCUUCUGACAGACAAAUUAUUCCAGCAAAGAGUAAGGUGUAUGACAGCCAGGGCCUGCUGAUUUUCAGUGGCAUGGACCUCUGCGACUGCCUGGACGAGGACUGCUUGGGAUGCUUCUACGCUUGCCCCACUUGUGGCUCUACCAAAUGUGGGGCUGAGUGCCGCUGCGACCGAAAGUGGCUGUAUGAGCAGAUAGAGAUUGAAGGAGGAGAGAUAAUCCAUAAUAAACAUGCUGGAAAAGCAUAUGGUCUGUUAUCUCCCUGUCACCCAUAUGAUAUUUUACAAAAAUGAUCACCCAAAUAUUGACCAACAAAGACGAAAACGAGGAAAAGAAUUGAACAGUGAUAUUUCUGGAAGUGAAGUUUGGAUCAGUCCUGAAUGGAAUUGUAGACAUCGCCGCUGGUCAUGGGAGUGUUGGUUACCAUUGCUGUUCUGGAGACAGAUGCAUCAGAGGAACCUGAUGAUGGAAACUUAACCCACAUUGCUGAGGGAAGCAGCUGGGAUGAGCAAGAAGACGGUCCUAGACAAAGUUAUGGUAAAAACUUAACAUUAAAGACUGUAUUGUAAAUAGAUAACUUCACAACAUUGGAGUGGUCAGAAAGGUACCUGUUAAAUGUUACUAACGAAACAAAUGCUCUUCAGACUACUUUUAGGCAAAACAAUAAAACUCCAAUUCUCAAUACAUAAACUUUAAUUUUCUUGUCCAUUUGUAGCUACAAGUUUUUAAUGUUUUGAUAGGUAUCUAAAGGUCAUACAACAAUUCUCUUUUCCCUUAUUAGCUUUUUUUUUUUUUUUUUUUUUUGGUGCAUGGCCUCACAGUGCUGUGCAAAUAGACCCGGCCCUUAGCUGGAAGCAGGGCCUGUGACACAGAAAAUUGAUCUCCAUGCAACACAAUAGGUGAAUAUUUUAGAUAAGAUACUUAAGUGCUAAAAUACAGUUCUUCUAACUAGAGAUGAACACAAAUGUUCAUUAUACCAUCAGCUUUUUAGUUCUUAAUCUAUGCAUUCUUGGUGAAAAUUUGUUCCUAAAGAAAAAUUCAUUCCUUUUUUUUAACAUUUAAAACAUGAGUGUAUAGUUCAUAAAUGGCUGCAUAUUUGUCUCAGUCACUGUUCCAUUGCUGUGAAGAGAUACCAUAACCAAGGCAAUGCUUAUAAAAAGAAGCAUUGAGGGCUUGCUUACAGUUUCAAAGGCUUAGCCCAUUAACCAUCAUGGUGGGGAGAACGGUGGCCUGCAGAAAGAUGUGUCAGUAUCUGAGAUCUUUAUGUCCUUACCCACAGGCAAGAGAGCCUGGCAUGGCUUUUGAAACCUCAGUGCUCACCACCAAUGACAUACUUUUCUAGCAAGGCCACCCCUUCUAACUCUUAUCAGAUAGUACCACCCGCUGGUAAACAAGCAUUCAAGUGUAUGAUGAGCCUAUGGGACCCUUAUUCAAACCUUCACAGCAGUAUUUCUGACUGUUAAAACUGGAUAGAUGUGAUAGAUAGACUUCUAAAAAUGUCCCUCAAGAGAGUGAUGGAAAGUUGGAGACGCUGGGGCAUGUGGGAUAGAAACAGGGCUUCUGGGUACUGAUGAAGGCCGCUGAGAAGUCAGAAUGGAAGCAGCCCCAGCACUUCUUACUAAAGCCUUCGGCAGGCUCCCGGAGCCUCCAAGCUGCUGCUGUUCCGAGUCUUAGCAGCUUAGAGUGCUUGGAAGCAUGAAAGCCAGUUGGAAUUUUCCAGUAAAAUAGCAUUUUUGUUUAGUAGGUUAUUCUACACUUGCUUGCUUUUCUUUGAUAAAAUGUCAUUUUCAACUUGAAAUUAAAUGUGCUUUCAUUUAGGGUUUUUCUUUGGCCCAAGUGUCAGAAACCUAAUGAGCAAAUCACUAGAUCUGAAUGUCAGCUAAUUGGUAUCAAAACAGUUUUUAACUAUAUUUUUAAAUUAAAAGGUAGAAUUGUUUACUUUUUCUAAUUUAAGGAAAUGUUUUGCAGGGCUAAACUCUAGUUUUAUCUGAAUCCUUAGAAUCCUUUGGUUUUAGUCAUUUUUUUAUUGUCUCUUUUUGUUCCUUUGUGUGAGUUAGGGCUGCACAUUGCUUGGACUCUUGAGAGAAAACUUUUAUUUGUUUUCUAUCAUUCUGUUUCCUUGCUGCAGGGCCUUGCACUGUAGCCCAGGCUGGCCCUGGACCUCUGCAGGCUUCGCACCACAGCCUUUUCACGCUGGGCAACAUGCAUGUGUUACCAGGCUGCUAAAUUUAAAGUUUGGGCCAUUUAUUUUUACUUACAAUGGGAGUAUAUUUCUAGUGGGGAAAAGGCUUUGUAUAAAAAUGGCUAUAUUAAUUAUUCCUUCAAACGUAUCUGUUCUUUUUGUAAAGAGAAUAACGUUUUCCAAGGGGAAGAGUCUCAACAGUUGCUGUGUGUUCUUUGUAUGUAUUCGGAGACCAAACAUACCGUAGAGUUUAUAGACAAAAGUAUAUCUGAUCUUGAGUAAACUAAUAAAGACUGUAUUUUAGAAAUAAACAAUGCAGGCUUACUGUUUAAUUUUUAAGUAUGUAUGUGAGAGAGAGAGAGAUCUUAAGUACACUAAUAAAGACUUUUAGAAAUAAU